AUGGGUUCGUUGGCUGACGCCACGGAGAUGAAGAAAUCUGACAUCGCCAAGAUCUUGAACAGUCUGACCGAGAUUGGCACCGAGGAGGUGAAGAAGUCUGGCAAGUUCACUCUUCCAGGACUGUGCAUGAUCAAGACUCGCCAGAAGCCAGCAACCAAGGCUGGCAAGAGGUUGAUGUUCGGCAAGGAGGUGAUGGUGAAGGCGCAGCCUGCCAAGACUGUCGUGAAGGCAAGCGUCGUUGCAAAGAAGGUUGCCAUGAAAGCCAUGAAGGGUCAGAAGGCCAUGACCAAGGGAGGCCUCAUGGGUUCGUUGGCUGACGCCACGGAGAUGAAGAAAUCUGACAUCGCCAAGAUCUUGAACAGUCUGACCGAGAUUGGCACCGAGGAGGUGAAGAAGUCUGGCAAGUUCACUCUUCCAGGACUGUGCAUGAUCAAGACUCGCCAGAAGCCAGCAACCAAGGCUGGCAAGAGGUUGAUGUUCGGCAAGGAGGUGAUGGUGAAGGCGCAGCCUGCCAAGACUGUCGUGAAGGCAAGCGUCGUUGCGGCUCUGAAAUCCCAGAUUUGAGGCCGUUCUUUAGGCCAUGGCGCUGUAGUCAAAGGAGGCUAGUGGCACCUUGGGGGAUUGGAGCACAACUAGUCUUUGGAGGCUCAGCUUGAUGUACACUAUCCCACUUGACUCACUUCAUGCGAUCUCGAAGUGG